CCUCACGUCAACAGGGACCUUUUUUCAUGCCGAUAUCAGAAUUCCCGAGAAAAUUAUGCUCUUUAUUGUAUGUUUGUUGUUGCCAAACGUUAUUUGUAUAACCUUUGUAGUUUUAGAAUUAGGGAUUUGCCUGGUAUUAAGUAAUUUGAUUAGGCUGACAAAAUUUUUCCAGACACUUGAACAGAAAGUGCUUCUCUGAAUCCUGUGGGGUUUUUAAUCAAAAUGCAUCCGUUAAUGCUGCUUCUUUUAAUUUUGAAAGGACAUUUAAGAUUAGGUGCUCAAAUAUCUAGCAAAGACAUUAAUGGUUUAACGAUAAUUCAUUACGCUGUAGAUUCCAAUGAAAUGAAAAAUGUCCAGUUUGCCGUUGAAACACAGCUCGAUAUAAAUCAACAAGAUCAUAAUGGUUGGACACCACUUAUAAGAGCAGCAAUUCAACAAUGCAAACCAGAAAUAUUGGAAUAUUUGAUAGAAAAAGGUGCAGAUAAGAGUAUUGAAGACAGAAAUGGUUUUGGCUAUGAAAAACAUUUGGAACUAAGCAAUGACAUUGGGGAUAAAUAAGUGAUCUACACAAUAUAGUGAUUGCAUUUCGUAGUUUGUUUGAUGGCUAUGUAAAAUAAUUCAAAGUUGCAUUGAUUUCCUACUGGUGGAACAUUCAACAGAUUCUGCUGGGUUGAAACAAAAUUUUAGCAUUCAUGACAAAAAUUAACAAUUCAGAUUUUCUUAAAGUUUUUAAGAUAUUGUAAGUGAUAUUUUUUCCACCCUCCAAAGAACUGUGGCUAUAUCUUGAAAUGAAUUUUCUUUGAAAUUGCAAAGAAACUCUUUUUUUCAAAGAAUUAUUAUUAAAAAUUGUAGCAGCCCUGCAUAAUUAAGCUGCUGCGGACC